CCAUUCCCACGUUCCGCUCAAUCUCUAGAGAAUUGCCUGGAAUUUGGUUUCCUUGGCACCAAUAACCAAUAACUUCAUAACGGAACGAAUAAGUGACAGGACAGGACAGGCGUCUGGAAUAACUAUCUAUUACAUGCUUGAAAGUUCACAAACUCGCAAAUAAACGAACUAGAUUAGCCUUUGAUUAAUAUUAUUUUGACCUUUUUACGCACGUUAGUUAAUAUUUUACACUCGCUUGUUCUUGUGUGUGGUGGUUUCGUCGAUAAACUAAAAACAUGUCACUUGAUUCUAUUCCUCGGGCGGCCAGAGCCAGCUUCUAUGAGGCCGAAGGGGAUGACGACAAAUAUGAUGAGUCGAGCAGCGAUUCAGAGCCCAUCGGUCAACGUCCGCUGUCAGACUCGCAGUUGUCGACGUGUGAGGGGUCCUGCUCUCGCUGCAACAUACACUAUAAGAUCAAGGACAAACCAACCUCUAAUCUAACCUCUGCAACCACAAACAACAACAACAUGGAAACAGAUGCAGAUUCUUCCUCAGUUAGCAACACUGUCUCUGGUGAGAAUGGAGAACAUCAUCACCAUCACAAAAAACAACACAAGACCAUCCAGGAUGACCCCCACAUGCACCACGAGCCCCUUCCCCCCUUCAUUAGGGUGCAGAGACCGAGUGGGAAUGUGAAGAUGUUCUGCUCUCUGUGGACCUUGCUGAUGACCUUGAUUGGAAUCACUGCCAAACUGUAUGGCUACAUGAAGAUAGACGCCACAUCCAAAAACAAAAGCUACUCGGUAUGCACUUAA